AUGUCUACAUUACACCCAUCUCCUGAUCAAUCCCUCAACAACAGUAGUAACGGCGGAGGCGUACCAAGAGGAAGCGGUAGUCCACCAGCAAUUACACUUGCCCCAGGAGCCUCCCAAGAAUUACUCGCACAAACCUUCGCAGCCGACCCGCGCAUCCACUUCUCCACCGUCACCCGCAGAUGGGCGCUUGAAGACGAGGAUGGAAAUGAGUGGGAGUAUGAUGCGUUGAAGGGUGUUUGGGUGCAAGUUGUGGAUGAAGAGCUGUUAAGACUGCAGCAAGCUGCUUAUUCUGUUCCAGGCGUUGACGAGGAGGCUCCGGCUGCGCCCAUUCUCAAGCGACUCAAUAAGAAACGAAAAGAACCAGAAGACUAUACCUCUGCAACAACUCCUCAAGCCGGACAUUCCAUCAAACGAGGCAAGGGCUCAAAUAACAACAAUAAUGGCAACAACAGCUUCAACAACAACAAUGCAUCCACCAACAACGCCGUUGCUUCUUCAUCAAACACCACCACCCACCCAACCCAACGCAAAUCCAAGAACACAGCAGUCUACGUCACCCGUCUCCCACCAGACACAACCCCCGAAGAGCUCGCAGCGCGGUUCGCCCGAUGCGGCGUGCUCGAAGAGGACGACGACGGAGACCCGAAAAUCAAAUUAUACGCACGUGAUGACGGAAGUUUCUCUGGCGAGGCGUUGGUGGUGUAUUUCAAGGAAGAGAGUGUUGCACUUGCGGUGGCGAUGCUUGAUGAGGCGGAGCUAAGGAUUGGUGAGCCGAGUACGACCAUGAGUGUUUCGCAGGCGGAGUUUGGGCACAAGGGUGAGGUUGGUGGAGGUGGAGGUGCUGGUGCUGCUGGAGAAGGAGAGCAUAAACCGAGGAAGACGAUUGAUAAGAAGAGGGCUACGAAGAGGAUAGGGAGGAUGCAGAAGAAACUAGAAGACUGGGGCUCAGACGACGACUUCGGACCUUCUCCCGACGCAGCAUCCUCUUCCAUCCGAGCAGCAGGAGCAGCAGGAGGGGUAAACAACAAAAACGCACGUGUCGUCGUCCUCAAACAUAUGUUCACCUUAGACCAACUCCAGGAAGACGCGUCACUCAUUCUCGACCUUAAAGAGGACGUUAGAGAGGAGUGUUCCCAGUUGGGAGAGGUGACGAACGUGGUGCUGUAUGAUGAGGAACCCGACGGAGUGAUGACAGUCAAGUUCCGAGAACCAAUCAGCGCUCAAGCAUGUGUCCUCAAAAUGCAAAACCGCUUCUUCGACGGCCGCCGCGUCGAAGCCUCUCUCUACACCGGUAAACAGCGCUUCAAGCGUAGCGGUCCCGGCGGGGGCGAAGCAUUUGGAGACGACAUCGAGGGAGAGGAUGACGAGGCGGAGAAACAGCGUUUGGACGAAUUUGCUAAUUGGCUUAUGACAGAGGGGGAUUGA